AUGACAGAGGCAACAGAUUCUGCCUUGCCUGGCAUCGAGAAAGGCAUCUUACUUCCAUCCUCACUGGAACAUGCUAGAAUUGCUACUCUCCCUCAAACGGCAUACUAUAUCCCAAACUUCAUAACCGCGGAAGAAGAGCAGAUGAUUCUGGGCAAAAUAUCCAGUGCACCUAAACCGAGAUGGAAACGGCUUACAAAACGACGUCUUCAAACCUGGCCUUCAGAUCUUGUCAACAACAAACUCCUUGACGCCCCUCUGCCUGCAUGGCUUCAAGAGCCCGUCAUAUCUCGUCUACUGUCACUUCAAACGCAAGACUCUGAAACCGGAAAUGUAUUUGACAAGAGCCCUCACAAGAAACCCAACCAUGUUCUCAUCAACGAGUAUCCACCUGGUAUCGGCAUCAUGCCGCAUAAGUUGAGUGAUGGUGCUGCGUACUGGCCCGUUGUGUGCACCGUGAGCCUCGGAGCCAGCUUGUGCCUGAAUCUACAUCGUAGCAAGGACGAUGGUGCCCUCGACCCUGAACCUGCUUGGAGGAUUCUCCAGGAGCCCCGUAGUUUGCUCAUCACGACUGACCAGCUGUACACCGACUAUCUUCACGGUAUUUCCGACAUAGAAGAGGACGUCGAUUUGAGUGCAGAUACUGUUGCUAACUGGGAUCUGCUCCGCUCCCCCGAUGCAUACACGAGUGGCCGCAAUGUUCGCCAAACCCGCACAAGUCUGACAUAUCGAGAUGUUCUUCAGGUAUCAAAGGCUGCAAACAAGCUCGGCAUGUUUCUCAAGCGAUGA